AAACGGCCAAAUGGUCGUGUGUGUGGUUGGCGUUAAAGGCUUAAACCCACUUAAUAUAAACCCCACCUGCAGCCACGCCACUCCUACCGUCUCCUCCAUCUGCCACUCCCUCCACUCCCCACUGCGUCCGCGGCGGUGCAGCCAAGCAACCCAAAAAAACAAAAACAAAAACCCUCAAACGACGAUAGCUGCCUCCAUAUUCCGCCGGCAAUGUGACUUUUCCCCGGGCUUGGUUUUCUUCUCUAACUCUCUCGCUCCGGGGCUGGACGCCAUCGUCUUCCAUUUCAGAGGUUGCUGCUAUAAGCUCUUUGGCGUUUGGAGGGGCAUUCAUCUCGUUGUUGGUAGAAGGGGGUGGAAAAUGGCUGCCAAUAAAACUUGGAGUGCCAACCUAGUGUCUUCGUUUGUCUCACCAAAAGCUAAAGGGAGUAAGAACAAGAGGAAAAUAGUUGAUCCUGCAGAAACCAUUGCUAGUACUCCUGCUUCAACACCUACAAAGUGCCCUUCCAAUGGGACCUCUUCUGAGAAUGUUUCAGACCCUGUAAGUAAUGUAGGGUUCAGUCAAUCUAAACUUGCAGCGGAGGAGACCAUAGAUGGUGACUGGGUUGAGCCUAUUGCAGCCCAACUCGAGCCGUUGUUGUCCUCUAACCUCCAAAUGGUCUUUCAGUGUGCAAUCAAGCAGGUUGUUGAUGAUGGGUAUAACCAAAAUAUCGCUCGACUGACAGUUUCAAGGUAUGGUCUCUAUCAACAAGGUGAAGAUGACCUUGUCUCAAAGACUGUGAGUGAUACUCUCAGCCUUUUAAAGAGAGAGAGGAAAUUUGAUUGUUCAAGGGAUUUUGUGUUUGAGGAAUUGCAACAGUUAGUGAAGUACACACUUGUAGAGAUGAUGAAUGUGCUUAUGGAGGUCAAACCAUGGCUUUCCACUUCUGAAGCAAUGUGGCUGUUGUUACUCUGUGAUAUGGACAUUGCACAGGCAUGCACAGCUGAUCCUUUGAUUGGAUUGGGCUCCAAGAAUGACAUAGUAGCAGACGAUGCUUCCUCUGGAUCUACUGCUGCCACCCAACCAAAACCAGCGGUUGAAAGCAGCAAUACUAAACCUUCUAGAGCGAAGGAACAAGGAAAUAUGAAAAAACCAUUGCCAUGUGAUGUUAUAGCUGAGGCACUUGCAUUUGGAAGCUUCCCAAGUUUGGAAAAUAGCUCCAGAAGCACAACUCUUGCCCCUAAAGGCCAGCAAACUCAAGGAAGCUUUCACCAGUCCUUGGUUGGCACCCUAGGAGCAGCCGUCCAAACUACCACCUCCCAAGUCCAUCUCCCUCAAGGAAAAGUACGGACUAGCCGAAAGGUUCUUAGCAAGAAGGAACUUGUUGCUUGUCAGAAGUCCUUACGUAGCAUGGACAGAGCUCUCAAGAAUUCUGGUAAGCUCUCUUUGAGGUCAGGAAGCAUAACCGCUGUUAGUGGCAUUAUUGUGGAGAAGACAAUGAAGCCCCCCUCUGCAUCAUCAUCGAUGAAUGGAGUUGCUUCUUCGGAAACAAAUUCUGUGGGAGAAGGCCCUCAAGCAGCUGGUGGUGAUCCAUCUCCUACAAAUUCAGGUUCAACUGAUGACCAAUUAAAAGUGUCUGCAUCAGCUGAACAAAAUGGCACCAAAUCUGCUGCUUCUGCAGAAAGGGUUGCUCCAAUUACACCUAAGAAACUACCAGCUGAGUAUUGUACUGGAAUUCCUUUCGAUAAGUCCCUGGGGAAGUACAUCCCACGUGAUAAGAAAGAUGAGUUGACCCUAAAAUUAGUGAAAAGACUAGAAGGCUUGCAGAAUGAGGUUAAGAGUUGGAUUGAAUGGGCUAAUGAAAAGGUUUUACAGGCAGCUCAACGUCUUAGCAAGGAUAUGCACGAUCUGAGAGUACUAAGACAGGAGAAAGAAGAGUCAGAACAGCUCGCCAAAGACAGCAAGGUACUCGAGGAGAAUGCUCUGAAAAGGGUGGCAGAGAUGGAUUUGGCUGUAGUUAAUUCUACUGAUCAGAUUGAGAAGGCUAAUGCUGCUAUUAAUGGUCUUGAAGCACAGCGAAAGCUUUUGAAGAAAUACAUGGAGGCUGCUAAACUUCAGGCUUCUGAGUCAGCUGCUAGGUGUCAGAACGCUUUUGAGAGAGAACAGAAAGCCAUGAAGGAUAGUCAAUGUUGGGAGAGGGAGAGAAUUUUCUUGCAAGAGGAACUUCAAACCCACAAGCAGAAGGUGGCUGAAGUACAAACGUUGGUAGACAAGGCAAAGAAUGUCCAGAACCAAAUUGAGAAGAAAUGGAAGCAAGAGAGAACAGAGAAAGAGAAGAUACUCGCACAUGUUGCUUCCAUGCGAAUGGAACUACAGCGUCUCGAAGAUGCAGGGCAAGCAGAGCAGGAUAUGAUUAAACAGAAAGCAGAACGCCGGCUGAACAAGUACAUAGCAGACAUCAAGGAGCUCGAGAAAGAAAUAUCUGAAUUGCAGCUAAAAAACGAUGCUUCGAGAAUUGAAUCUCUUAGAAGGGGGGCAGAGGCGAACAAGGAUGGGAGCUCAGACGAGAAAGGAAAUGUUGGUGGGCUUAGGCGGGAGAGGGAAUGCGUGAUGUGCUUAUCAGAGGAAAUGUCGGUAGUUUUCCUCCCAUGUGCGCAUCAGGUUCUGUGUCUGAAAUGCAGUGAUCUCCAUGAGAAUCAUGGAAUGGUGGAUUGCCCUGCUUGCAGAACACCCAUUCAGCAGAGGGUUCGUGCCCGUUUUGGCAGGAGGUGAUUGACUUAUAUACAGCAGGAACAGGGAAGUUUUACAAUUGUCUAGCGUGGUUUUGCAAGAAUUUAUACAGUUCGCCAUUGCUUUUUAGAUGGUUUAUGGGGCUUGAACAGUAUUUUUGUAUAGAGUAGAGAUGAUAGAACUAGACUCAAGGGAGGGAAAUGUGUUUUGGGGGAGAAGACAUAACAAAAGGGUUUAGAAAAACAAAGAAACUUAAGCGUAGCAAACAGUUUUAGGCCUGAGAAAUGUAGUUGGUAGUUUUAUCCGUGUAAAUGUCUGUUUGUCUAUUUCGUUUCUCCUCUCCUGGAAGCUGAAAAACGAUUAGACUCUGACGAUACAACUGAUAGGUUCUUUUUCUCUUGUUUUCUGUUUCAAAGUUUCAUCUCCCUGUCCUCAACAUCGAUUAAUGCUAU